UGUGUAUAAGUGGAGAUCCCCUUGAGUGCACUGUCGCCUCACAUCUCUGAUGAGUAUGGGUCUGCUGUCUCACUUUACUGCAGCUGUGCUCCUGCUGCUCUUUGCCUUUUUAUGUUUUUACAUCAACCACUUGUCUAUUCAUCAGAACAGACUGGUUAUAUCAGUUUCUGCUCAGCACACUAAAGCACAUACAAUACUUGGUUAUUAUUAUCCAGCAAAACCACAGAACAAGUCAGUAGAAACAAGGACUGUUAUAUCCAGAGCUGAUAAAUGCACCCUGGCCCCAGAGAGUCGGUUUGACUGUGCCAGGGACAGGCUGCUCACCCAGAGAGAGUGUGGAGAGAGGGGCUGCUGCUAUGCCCCCCUGCCUCACUCUGCAGGACCACCUUGGUGCUUCUACCCCAGUUUGUACCCUGGCUACAAAAUGGGUCCUCUCACCCCCACCACACGAGGACUGGAGGCCACCCUGACUCGUGCCACCCCUUCAUAUCUCCCCAAAGACAUUGCCACUCUACACCUAGAAGUGACAGAGGAGGCUGCAGGCUGCUUACACCUCACUUUUAAGGACCCAUCAUCUCAGCGAUAUGAGGUUAAGCUCCCAGCUGGUGUUCCUCAGAGCCCAGCUGAUACCCAGGAUGUUCUCUAUACCACUGAAUACCAGGCGGAGCCAUUUGGCUUCAUAGUGCGCCGGAAAUCUAAUGGAAGGGUGAUCAUGAAUACCACGGUGGCUCCUCUGCUGUUUGCUGACCAGUACCUGCAGCUGUCCACCACGCUGGCCUCUUCCCUUGUGUCCGGCCUCGGGGAGCAUUACACCCCCCUCCUCCUGGACCUGAACUGGACCUCUGUCACUCUCUGGAACAGAGACAUGGCGCCCCACGCUGAUGCUAACCUCUAUGGCUCCCACCCAUUCUACAUAGUCCAGGAGGAUGAUGGCUUGGCACAUGGAGCUUUCCUUCUCAACAGCAAUGCAAUCGAGGUGAUGUUGCAGCCGACCCCCGCUCUCACCUGGGUGGCUAUCGGUGGAGUCCUGGACCUGUACAUUUUUGUGGGUCCUGAUCCUCAAAGUGUUAUACGACAGUACCUUCAGGUCAUUGGCUAUCCUAUGAUGCCUCCUUAUUGGUCGUUGGGCUUUCAUCUGUGUCGCUGGGGUUACACGACAUCUAAUACAACCCGGCAUGUUGCACAACGCAUGCACAAUGCUAAGUUUCCCAUGGAUGUGCAGUGGAAUGAUCUGGACUAUGCAAAUAAACGCAGGGUUUUCACAUUUGACCCGUGGCGAUUUGGAGACCUCCCACAGAUGGUUGACGAGUUCCAUAAGAGUGGCAUGAAAUACAUCCUUAUCCUGGACCCUGGGAUCAGCAGCAGCAGCCCCCCUGGCACUUACCCACCGUUUGAUGAUGGGCUGAAAGGAGACGUCUUCAUUAAAAAUUCUACAGGACAAAUCCUGAUAGGGAAGGUUUGGCCAGGCCCCACAGCCUUCCCCGACUUCACCAACCCAGAGACCGGACGCUGGUGGGAGGACUGCAUCAGAGAUUUUCAUUCUAAAGUUCCUGUGGAUGGUCUAUGGAUUGAUAUGAAUGAACCAUCCAGUUUUGUGCAGGGCUCAGUGGAUGGCUGUCCUGACAGUGACCUUGAGAACCCGCCCUACACACCAAGGGUUGUUGGAGGCCAGUUGAACUCGAGAACUAUUUGUCUGUCGGCCCAGCAGAAGCUGUCCUCUCACUACAACCUGCACAAUAUGUACGGACUGACGGAGGCCUCUGCCACUCACAGCGCUCUCAUGAAGGUACGAGGAAAGAGACCCUUCGUCCUGUCUCGCUCCUCCUUCCCUGGCAUCGGACGCUUCUCUGGAGUGUGGACAGGAGACGUCCGGAGUGACUGGGAGCAGCUCCGAUACUCCAUCCCUGCUGUGCUGCACUUCGGCCUGUUCGGGGUUCCCCUCGUGGGGGCGGACAUCUGUGGUUUUGGCGGGAACACCACUGAGGAAUUGUGUGUACGCUGGAUGCAGCUCGGGGCCUUCUACCCAUUUAUGAGGAACCACAAUGACAAGCCAAACGCUCCUCAGGAGCCCUAUGUGUUUGGGCAGAAGGCCCAGGCAGCCAUGCGGAGUGCAUUGAACCUUCGUUACUCCCUUCUACCUUUCCUCUACACACUCUUCCAUCAUGCACACACCUCUGCUGACACUGUAGCCAGGCCACUCUUCGUGGAGUUUCCCACUGACCCUAACUGUCAGACCAUAGACCGACAGUUCCUUUGGGGGAGUUCCCUUCUCAUCAGCCCAGUCUUAGAGCGGGGGGCAGAAGAGCUGGCUGCUUACCUGCCCCCUGCCACUUGGUACAGCCUGCACAAUGGUCAGCCUUUCUACAGUAAGGGUCAGUACCUGCUCCUGGCAGCCCCCCUGGACACCAUCAACGUCCAUGUGAGGGAAGGACAUAUAAUCCCCCAGCAGGAGCCUGCUUUGACAACGGCAGCCUCUCGCAGAAACCCUUUCUUCCUGACGGUGGCGCUAUCAGCAGGAGGCUGGGCCCAGGGAGACUUGUUCUGGGAUGACGGGGACAGUCUCGACACCUUUGAAACGGGAAAUUAUUGUUACGUUAUCUUCAUGGCUGGACAGUGUCAGGUGGUGAGUGAUCCCCUCAGGCUUAAUGGGGCUCUGGAUGGUCUGGUUCUUGGAGGGCUGCAGGUUUUCGGGGUUCCCUCCCCACCCCUAUACGUGUUAGCCAAUGGGGAACAAGUCAGGGAUUUCAUGUACCGCAGUGACACCAAGGUUCUAACAGUGACCAACCUGGCCUUGUCCAUGUCAAAGGUGUUUACAGUCCAAUGGGCUCUCUGAUGCACUGAACUCUAUUACCCAAGAACCAUAGGGAGCCUUGGCAUUGUUCAUUGUUGCUGAAAUAUCAGCUGCAUUUUUUUUGCAUUGUCCCAACCAUCCCAGACCCGGCGAUGCACCUUACGCUAUGCUACCUCUUUAUCCAAGAACUGCUUUGUAAGGAGCAGUUACAGACAAAAUGUGACGACAUCAAUCGUCAAGGGAGCUAUCGUUUUGACAUUUCAUGUUUUCUUCCAAGCCUAAAUUUGCUGCUGAUAAUUAGGACUUUGUAGCCAGAGCUCUGGUAGAGCAGUCGAUGAGCAUGGAGCCCCAAAGGAGGCCUUCAGCUGAGAGCGUUCUCAAACACCCUUUCUUCUGGAGCCUGGAGAAGGAGCUACAGUUUUUUUUUUCAGCUUGCAGGAUGUGAGCGACAGAAUAGAAAAGGAACUGCUGGACGGGCCAAUCGUGAGACAGCUGGAGAGAGCACAUCACAGUGCCACUGCAGACAGAUCCGCGGAAAUUUCGUUCCUAUAAGGGAGGCUCGGUCAGAGACCUGAUGCGUGCAAUGAGAAACAAGAAACAUCAUUACCGGGAGUUGCCUGCUGAGGUUCAGGAGACGCUGGGCUCCAUCCCUGAUGACUUUGUCUCCUACUUCACCCCCCGGUUCCCCCACCUGCUAAUGCACACAUACCUGGCCAUGCGGACCUGUGCGUCUGAGAGGCCAUUCCUGCCUUACUACUCCACUGCAGAUCAGCUUGCAAAAACACAGACCCUGCACACACACCUCGGGCCCCAAAGACAAAAAGAGCCAUGUACUCAACCCUUGACUACACACACAUCUCCCCCCUCUUCACAACCACAGGAACCUACACAUUCGUCACAGACAGCGCAGGUCCCUCACACAGAUCCUGCUGAAUCAGCGCCCUCUUCUUUACCCGAUGAGCCUGUAGCUUCACAUUUGCCAGUUGAGACAGUGGAGCCAGCUCUGUCCACACAGACUGACCUGCAGAGUCCAACCGUGAACCCCACACCUGCCUCAGAAUCACCAACAGAUCCUCUCGUGCUAGAACAAUCCAUUCAGUCUGAGGUGCACGCCCUGCCAGGUCCUUUGAUACUGGGUAAUGAAUCAGUGUGAGGUGGAGCCAGCACAAACAGGAGCAUUGCCUUCAAGAGUGAACACCAAGUUGGGCUCAGCUGCUGCAGUAUGAGCUGGUGAGGACCAGGCCUGCAGUGCCUGCGAUCCACCGCUGGGUGCAGCAGCUGUUCCCUUAAUAAGUGCCUUCUGCUCACCUGGGUUAAAAUGUCGCCUAACAGAACCGUCCACUUGUUGUUGUUGUUCCUGCUUCGAGGAAGUCAGAUAAGAAUCAGGGUGAUGCAGGACCUUAUAUUGUAGCUGGACUGAGCAAAGAGAUAUUUUUUAUUUUCUAUAAAGCAUUUCCAAAAAAAUGGUGUUUGUCCCUAAAAAUAUCUGGCCUCUAUUGUGGGAAACAUGUCUGGAUGUUGUUGGAUAGUUUUAUAGUGCAAUGUCGUAUUUCUGAGUGAGCCUCUUCACUGCACAGAUACUGUAUGUGUAUUUUUGUAUAGACGGUUCAGAAUUUGGAUGAUGAUAAUUAAUUAUGUAAUGUGGCCGAUGUGCCUUUUUUUCCUUUUUUUAAAUAUCACUGUGCUGUGUACAGAUCUUAAAAAAUGACUAUGCUAAGUGUGCUUGAUUCCAGUUAAUGCUGCUAGACUGCUUCUCUUUUGUCAAUCAAGAAUUAAUGUGCUGACUCAACAGAGGCCUGCUCCAAAUGGUGUUCAGGGUGGCACCUGAAUACAGUGGGUAAUGAGAUUAUGUAGUCAUAAAAGAGUUUAGCUGUCAGGCAGCAGAGCUCGCUUAAAAUAACUUUUCAAGGUUUUUAAAGUGAAGUUAAUAACUUGCACAUUAAAACGUUUUUUUUAUUCUAA